UGAGUUUUCCGAACUCUGGCUCCUGAUCGGGCCUACGGGGUUCGAGGUCCUGGAGGACCCGCACCCUGAUUUCUAUCUACCGCGGACUUUUAGCUUCUCUAACCUGAGGCCCAGGCUGCCAUCGCCCGGGCCACCUGGUCCAACCGCCUUACUUCAUUCAUCAGCAUUGCCAAUUGCUGUCCUGUCCCAGCUCCAAUGGGGGAGUGAGAGGACACUGCCGGCCGGACAUGGGUCUCCCCACCGUGCCUGGCCUGUUGCUGUCACUGGUGUUCCUGGCUCUGUUGGUGGGGAUAUACCCCUCAAGGGUCACUGGACUGGUCCCUUCCCUUGGGGACCGGGAGAAAAGGGAUAGUUUGUGUCCCCAGGGGAAAUAUGCCCACCCUCUGAAUAAUUCCUACUGUUGUACCAAGUGCCACAAAGGAACCCACUUGGUGAGUGACUGUCCAGCCCCAGGGAGUGAAACAGUUUGCAGGGAGUGUGAUCAAGGCACCUUUACGGCUUCCCAGAACCACCUGAGACAGUGCCUCAGUUGCAAGACAUGUCGGGAAGAGAUGUCCCAGGUGGAGAUUUCCCCUUGCAGAGCAGACAAGGACACUGUGUGUGGUUGCAAGGAAAACCAGUACCAGUACUACUUGAGUGAAAAAGUCUUCCAGUGCAAGAACUGCAGCCUCUGCUUCAACGGCGUUGUGACUAUCUCCUGUCAGGAGAAGCAGAACACUGUGUGUGACUGCCACGCGGGAUUCUUUCUAAGCGAAAACGAAUGUAUCUCUUGCAGCCAUUGCAAGAAAAAUCAAGAAUGUGUGAAGCUGUGUUAUCCUCCGUUUGCAACUAGCACAAACCCCCAGGACUCAGGUACCGCAGUGCUGUUGCCACUGGUUAUCUUCCUUGGCCUUUGCGUUUUAUCCUUUAUCUUCGUCAGCUUAAUGUGCCGAUAUCCCCGGUGGAAGUCCAAGGUCUACUCCAUCCUUUGUGGGAAAUCAGCUCCUGUCAAAGAGGCCGAGGUUGAAGGAAUUGUUACAAAGCCCCUAACUCCAGCCCCUACCACAACCUUCAGCCCUGACAUCAACCCUACUCUGGACUUCAGUCCCAGCCCAGACUUCGUUCCUUUCUCUAGUACCCCCAGCCCUACCUUCGACCCUAGUAACUGCCCCAACUUCAGGGUCCUACCACCUGUAAGGGAGGUGGUCCCAUUCCAGAGCGCUAACCCUCUCCUCUACACAGCCCUCACGCCGCCGUCGGUCCCCCCUAUUCAGAAAUGGGAAGACUCCGCCCACCUGCAGCGUCCUGACACUGCAGACCCUGUGACGCUGUAUGCUGUGGUGGACGGCGUGCCUCCGUCGCGCUGGAAGGAGUUCAUAAGGCUCCUGGGGCUGAGCGAACACGAAAUCGAGAGGCUGGAGCUGCAGAACGGGCGCUGCCUGCGUGAGGCUCAGUACAGCAUGCUGGAAGCCUGGCGACGGCGCACGCCACGGCACGAGGCCACGCUGGACGUACUGGGCCGUGUGCUUCGCGACAUGGACCUGCUUGGCUGCCUGGAGAACAUCCAGGAUACACUGAGACGCCCUGCCUCCUUCUCGUCUACGUCCCGCCUCCCGCCAUGAGGCCACACCCCCGCCUCAGGGGAGGGACUUGAAGGACAGUCCUGCAAGAUGCCCUGCUUCCCUGUGGGCCUCCUCUUUGGGCUGGAAAAGAGGCAGGACCCUCGAC